CACGCAGUGACUGAAAAUUUGUUAACAACGACCCGUUGUCAUUUAUUUAAAGUUGUACUAAAUGGCUCACUGUAGUUCCAACUAUCAAUUAAUUGGCCGUUUAAAUGAUAAUUUACUUGCUUGUGUUCUGUAUAUUCACUCAAUUUUUCAACUAUUUUUUUAAUCUACCACUGGCACUCUAAACACAGUCACCUUGAUAAAAAUACCGUCUUUUGAGUCCGGAGAUCAAGUAUGGUCCGAUAUUGGAAGCAUCGUGGUGCGAAAAUACUCAAAAACAUAGAACCGCAUAUCCAGAAAUAUUUUCCUUAUCACAAGCCUGAGCUUGGAGGUACUUCCCCUCAGCAUGCUAGUAUAACGGGGAAAAAAGCAAAAGUACCUUUCGAUUAUGCGAUUGGGCAGAUAGUGCCGUUUUCACAAAGCUUAACAUCAUCAUUCCCAAAUAUUGUUAAGGUCCGCUUGCACAAGCUCUGCUUGAAUCGUUUCCUGAUGAAGUAUUUUUAUCAAACAGCAACAUACUGGGUUCAUACACAAGGCUCUUCGGUCAACAUUGGAGAUAUCGUGCUUAUUGAAAAGGCUGAUCCACCAAUGGCAUUCAAUACCAUGUACAAACUAAAGAAAGUCGAGUUCCCAGUUGGUAAUCUGAUUGAUCCUGUCACAGGACUACAAUCCGAAGGUCCCGAGUAUUCCAUUGAAGCACUGAGGUCUAUUCUGAAUCAAGAGAACAAUACAUUGAAAAGUGUUGAAAACUAAAUGCAUUUCUACUUUAUUUUGAGAUAAAUAUUUGCUUUUUUUCAAUAUAGGGUUAAAGUGUAGCAACGUAUUGACUCUUAUUAAAAUACAACACUCCUUAUGUUUUAGUAGUAUAUUUUUACAGAAAUAGUGGCAAGAGGCUCAUGACCACCCAUUAGAGAAUAUAAUUAUUGUUUUAUCGUGUAGGCAGGAAUUGAACCAAAAUAUUAAAAGUCGAAUAAUAUCAUAAUCUCUUGAUGUUCAUUUCAUACUGAUAGCCUCUUACCUGGUUUUUUAUAUAUUGUCAAAGUGUUUGUGUUUAUUCUUGUUUUUAUCUGUCUUACAAACACUAAACACUUUGCGACCCUAAUUUUCAUACUCAGUUGUUUAACAGUAAUCUGGACUUUCCUGCUGUAUUUUAUUUAUGAGUCUAUUAGGUACAGUAUGGCAAAAGCUACACACUUAACAAUGCUGGUAGGGUAAGAACUUAUAAGAAUAAAUUUGGUAGUUAUUUGCAUGUUAUUCAAGCGACUUCAGAAAAC